AUGAGCACUGUCACGCCUCGCCCGACCGACGCUGGGCACCCUGGCGGCCGACCUCCGUCCCUUCACUCUAUCAUUCCACCUGAUCCCCCUCCUGCCUACGACCCCGCAUCUGCCAUCGCGUAUACCACAGCCCUCAGUCUGGCCGCCUCUGGCCCCUCUCAGCCACGCGCCAGGUCCAGACACGCAGCGAUCCUCCUAUCCCGCUCGGACAAGCUCCGGAUUAUCGGCUUUCCCUUCUGCUUCGUCGCUUUGGUGGACGCGGCUGUCAUGCAGGAAUGGAAGGCUGGGAUACAGGAGCAGAAGGCGCCAGACAGGCAGUCUUGGGAGUGGAAGUUGAACGGCAAGCCGUGGACGGGCAAAGGCAGCGAUACCAUCUCAUCUCGUCGACUCAUCGCUCACGUCUUCUUCAUCCUCCAAGUGAACGGCUGGCACCUCACCUCGGGCGCAGAUCUAUCCAGUACCUCGACUGACAAAGGCGCAAUCAUGCUCAGAUCAGGUCCACCUUCAUACCGCCAAAUCUUCUCAAUCGUGUUCAACGAAGACGACAAGAUACGCUUGAUCGAUGCACCCACCGAAGCUAUCAGGGAAGCAUUAGAGUCGGCAAUCAAGGAUACUCGGCCGUUCGGUAUCCAAGACUCUGGCGAGACAGAGCGAGGGGUGUACCAGCUCCGACUGCGUGGCAACCCAUGGUCUGGCGUAUCACCCGUACCGCCUUCACAUAAGCGGAAUCUGACAUUCUCCAUUCUGUCCGCGAUGGAGGACGAGGGAUGCGAUACAUGGGUGUUCGCUUACAGCAAUACCUGA